AGGCCCCCCUCUGACGGCGACUCACCCGUAACCAAACACCCUCUGCAAUUACAUCCCCGUUACAGUCGCUUCAGUUGUAAAGGCUUGAUGUGUUAGUAGCCCAGCGAUCGGUUCCAUCGCUUCAUCCAUAGCCAGAUACACCAACCGAUGACCGCACGCGAAAGUCGCAGCGUACCUUGGUCAAGAGAAUCGUUGUGCAUCGCAACUGUCUGCCUUUUGUGAACUGUUAGGUCCUGUGAUGUGGUAGUGGAAGAUGGUCAAACUUGUGCCUACCACAAUCGGUACCUUCUACCACCAUGCGAACACUAAAACUCCCGGUACUUACAGCGUGGCGACAAAUGGGAAGCCACGAGAGCCCAUCACCAGUUUAAGGGAAUCUAUGGUGCCUUCGGACAACCGGGGAAGUCAUGCUUCCAAGAAGAGUUUAGGUCUACCGAACGCCGUACCAAACGGUCACGUCAGCGGGCGACUUGGAGACCGCUCCGUCUCACGAGGAUCGUCCGUAUCCAUCAAGCUACCAGAAAUGGUGACUAAGUACGAGAGAAAACAGCUCAUGCACGCGGGAAAGCUGCUUAGAUGGACGGACGUUGCUAAGGGUGAGGCGGCGACUCUCCCCUCUAAAGUAGAGGACUGGUCCGCUAAUGACGUCAGAACCUGGCUCACCGCGAACAUGCAGGAGAUAGGCGUCGGUGUGGCUGACGUCAACAGAUUGUACAGAGAAAGUGUAAACGGGGCGGCGCUCCUGGCGUACGACAAGGAGACACUGAGAGACGACUUUAAACUGAAGCUGGGACCCAUCACCACGAUUCUGAAAGCUGUCCGCGAGUACAAAACAAGUGAGCUGCACAUGAGACCACGUACCAUUGCUAACGGUCUCCCCACCCCGGCCCCCCUCCGGAGGGUGGGCAGUGUGGGGAGCCUGUACAGCAGGCCCAGCAGUAUCGGGCAGCUACCCAAGAUCGGCGUCAAACCGCCAUCAGAAGCAGGUUCUACGGGCUCCCGAGUUAGGACGGCGGACAGUUUCUCGUCAGUCGGCACCAGGAGUACGGGAGACCCGGGUAGGAUGGGCAACCUGGGCGGCCACAAACCCGUCUUCGAUAGGAACAAGGAAUGCAAAGUAUGUAAUCGGCGCGUGCGCACUGACUACUUCAAGCAGUACGGCCACCUACUCCAGGAGCAGCGUCCGCGCAUGCCCCACAUCCCGCGCAGCUGUCUGAAGUGCGGCACCUGUAACGUGCACCUGUGCGUCACCUCCAAGCGCAACUGCUGGAACGCCUGGCACGAGAAGGAAGACUACUGGAAGUACAACUGAGAAAUGUCAUGGUUAAGAGUUAAGGUGGACACUCACUGCACUUGGGGCACCGGUGCGGCACUGCGGGGUUCGUUCACUGCGGCACUGUUGUGUUAUU